UUUUGUUUUGUUGAAUUUUUGGUUGUAAAAUCAAAAUUUGAUUUGAUUUGUGUGUUUUUCAACAAUCAAAUUUAAAAAUUUUUCAUCAACACAAAACGCAUCCAUAUCGAGAUCGAGAAUUUUAUUUAUUAAUAAUUCCAUUGUGUGUUAUGUUUUAUAUAUUGUAAUUUUCCUGGUUGUUUGUGGUAAAAAUAUAUAUGAGUUUCGUUUGUUGGUUGGUUGAUUUGGUUAGUUGUCGUUUGAUAAUAAAAGAAUAAAUUCAUUUUUCAAACGAACCGAAUAAUAAUAGAAAGAUUGUCGUCUCUAACAACGUUGACAGUCAAAUCAUCAUCAACAUUCAUUAUUUAACAAGCGUGUAUAUCUCUGGUGUGUGUAGCAGCAUCUUGUUUCCAAAAUAUUUUUCGUUCGAAUAAUCAUCAUCAUCAUCAUCAUUAUUAUUGUUGUUGUAAUAACAAACAUCAUCAUUAGCGAAAAUUUAAAUUCACAAAUCAAGAAUAUUCUUUCGGAUUGUUUUUUUCUUUAAAUUCUGAUUCUACUGUCAUCAUCAUCGGCAACAAUUGACAUCGAAUAGUUUUUUUUGAUCAUCAUAAUUUUUUUCUAUAUUAUAUUUCGGCUAUAUUUUAAGAAAAAUCAACAACAACAAUGAGUUCGAAAGAUGAUGAAUAUGAUUAUCUAUUUAAAGUGGUCUUAAUCGGUGAUUCUGGUGUUGGCAAAAGUAAUCUAUUAUCACGUUUUACACGUAAUGAAUUCAAUUUGGAAAGUAAAUCAACAAUUGGUGUUGAAUUUGCAACGCGUAGUAUUCAAGUGGAUAAUAAAACAAUUAAGGCUCAAAUCUGGGAUACUGCCGGACAGGAAAGGUAUCGUGCAAUUACCAGUGCAUAUUAUCGUGGUGCUGUUGGUGCACUUUUGGUAUAUGAUAUUGCAAAACAUUUGACCUAUGAAAAUGUUGAACGAUGGCUCAAAGAAUUACGCGAUCAUGCCGAUCAGAACAUUGUGAUAAUGCUUGUUGGCAAUAAAAGUGAUCUACGCCAUCUUCGUGCCGUGCCUACAGAUGAAGCUCGAGCUUUUGCUGAACGAAAUAAUCUUUCGUUUAUCGAAACAUCUGCUUUGGAUUCGACCAAUGUUGAAGCGGCGUUUCAACAGAUUCUUACGGAAAUCUAUCGUAUAGUAUCACAGAAACAGAUUCGUAAUGAUAAUGCUGACGAUCAAUCAUCACCGGAUAAUAUUACACCAGUCACCAUUCUGCCAACAGAUAAUGCUGAACGUAAAAAGAAUAAUUGUUGUCAGGUUUAGGUGUUUGUAAUAGAAAUCAUAUUUUAUUGGCACAAACAACAACAACAGCAACCAAGAUAUGCAAAAAAAGUAUCAUCAUCAAUUAAUUAAAACAAAAAAGAAAA